GCCCACUAGGCCAUCACCAUCAUGAUGUACUAAAACUCCGUCGGGACAUUAGAAGUCGAAGGGAUCGCUGAAACAUAUGAUCUUCAAAUAGCCCACCAUCUUCCCAAGGUUUUCUGGAUGGCGUAUUCCAAAAACUGUCGACUUCCAUACGAUACACUGGUUGCUGUACAUGGGCGCGCACCGAUCAGACACGACGUACUCGAACGGCUCCAGUCCAACUCAAUUUGGGCUGAAGCAUGCAAAUUUGUCGAUCAUUCUUUCCAAGUGUGGACCAUCUUAUCUGCCAUGAUGCAUGAUAUGCCUUGCGGCUUGACCGCCGAACCAUUACAAUUGUGCCAUUGGUUUCUUGCAAACAUCAUACUUUCAGGGGGUGGUCACCCACGGGUCCUCUUGAACACGCUGUGGUCAUGGGUUGCAGAUUCCAGGCUCCCAUCGAUAAUCGCCGUUGAAGUAUAAAAUGGAGACCGCUUCAGAUCGUCUCUCAACACUAGCGAUAACAUGGCCGCACCUUCAAGCUUCAAUGACUACGUCCAAAACCAUACGGACGCGUUUAUCGAUCGUCUCAGGACUGCUGUAGCUCACAAGAGCGUGAGUGGCGAUUCCACGUUGCGCCAAAACCUCAUCGAUACGGGCAUCUGGCUCAAAGGGGAGCUUGAGAACCUAGGCGUCACCGUAAAGCUUCAUGAUCUUGGAAUGCAGGACAAUCUUCAGCUUCCUUACCUUGUAUUGGGAUCUAUUGGAACAGACGCAAGCAAGAAGACGGUGCUCGUCUACAGCCAUUAUGAUGUGAUGCCAGCGAAUGUCUGGACAGGUGAAGGCGACCCAUUUACCCUCGAUGUGAAGAACGAUAAGAUGUAUGGGCGUGGUUCGACUGAUGACAAGGGUCCUGUCAUGGGAUGGCUAAAUGUAUUGGAGGCACAUCAAAAACUGCAACUCCCUCUCCCGGUGAACAUCCGCUUCCUUUUCGAAGGAAUGGAAGAAGUCGGAAGUCCUGGCUUGGAUAACUUUAUCGUCGACGAAGUAAAUAAUGGCGAUUUUUUCAAGGGAGUCGAUUGCGUGUGCAUUACGGACAACUAUUGGCUGACCACCCGCCGCCCGGUGUUGACUUACGGCGUCAGAGGCAUUGCCUACUUUUCCAUGGAUAUCACAGGGGCCAAGGAUGACAUGCAUUCUGGGCUAUAUGGACGAAUGAUACACGAGCCGAUGACGGAUAUGGUAAAGCUUCUCAGUAAGCUCGUUGAGACCACGGGGGUUAUCACCGUCCCCGACAUCGAGAACCAAGUACCCCCGCCGUCAGAUGAUGAGAGGGAAUCCUAUAGACUUAUGGAUUACCAGCUGAGUGACCUUUGGAAAGAUACUGGAGACCGUAAAGUUGAACUUUCGGAAGACACCGCUGAACUCUUAAUGGGUCGUAUGCGGUACCCGUCGCUUUCUAUCCAUGGUAUCAGAGGUACCUUCGACACCAAUGAUGGCUUAAAGACGAUAAUCCCCGCCAACAUUUCUGCGAGGUUCAGUCUCAGACUCGUUGAACCAUUGACACCUAAUUAUGUUAUUCCUCGCGUUACCGCUUUCCUAAAGGCGGAGUUUGCGAAGUUGAAUUCGAAGAACGAGAUAGAAGUCAAGUACGAGGGAGGCGGCCUACCAUGGGUUGGAGAGCGUAAUCAUUGGAACUACCAAGCAGCGGAUGCUGCCACCCAGGCUGUUUGGGGGAGUAGUCUGUAUCCCAACUACGUUCGCGAGGGCGGGUCAAUCCCUGUUACCUUGACAUUUAGCGAGAAGCUCGGCAAAAAUGUAUUGCUCUUACCUAUGGGACAAUCUGACGACGGUGCUCACUCCUCACUUGAAAAGUUGGACAUCAGCAACUAUAUAAAUGGGACCCGAGUGUUCGGCGAAUACCUAUACCAGGUUGCCAACGCUCAGACAUGAACGCGUGAUUAAUAGUACGAUGACUCCGGAGAUGAACGGAUCUGUUACUUUCGUGCAUGUACUUACCACUGGACCAAUUGAACGUGUCGAAUGCGGUUGUGCGAAGGUGAAC